AUGGAUCCUCAAGAUCCCUCCUCCGCCGACCAACUUGCCAGCGACUACCCGGACGACUCCAACCUUGAUGUAGGUGCUGAUGGCAGGGUCGAAAUGGACCAAGAAGAGAUAGACGCCAUAAUUCGAAACAAAAGAAAAGUCCGAGAUCCAAAAGCAUGCUACGCUUGUCACCGCCGGAAAGUCAAAUGUGACCGCAACUUGCCCUGCGAUUCCUGUGUCAAACGAGAUCACCCCGAGCUCUGUUCCUAUGAAAGACCGACCAAGAAACGCCGCAUCGCUCUCAAUGGCACUGCCAAUCAGACUGAAGCCGCCAUCUCUGAUAAUCCUGGCCCUUCUCUACAGACUGGACCCAAUGUCUCGGUCCCUCGCGAGCAUUGGGAGCGUAUCAAUAGAGAACUACAACAGCUCCGUGCAACUGCCAAAAUCUCACGCUUAUCUCAAGGACAGCCACAGUUGGAAGCUGAAUCAGAAGAAGGCGCUAUCAGCGGGCCACAAAGUCGUGAUGAGGCUGAUCGAGAAGGGAUUCAUGCUCCCAGCAAUCAAAUGGGACUUAUCCAUCUAGGUUCAAGAUCUAUCCUCGCUUAUAUGAUGGGUCUCGGAAGGUCAAAGACUACACAGAAUACCGCGCGUUCUCUACUCGAAGAGAACAUCUUACCCAAACUCGGCCUAGAUAAUGAGAGUGCUACUUACCCAUUUGUCGAUUUGUGGAGCACGGAAUCCAGCAUGCAGGACGUCAAUGGUCUUUGCAAAGCCGUUCCAGAUGAUGAUCUGUGUAAUGAGUUUUUUAUUGCGUAUCGAGACGUGGCGUGUACCAUCUAUCCCGUCGUUCCUGACACAGAAAAAUUUAGAGAGACUUUGUUUCUCAUGCUCUCCAAUCGCUCUCGGCAUCUCCGCGAUGGUCUUGAAAUUGAUCCCACCAAACCAUAUGGAGUAACUUUACCAUGGCUCUCGCUUGUUUUCGCCGUGUUUGCCUCUGGAGCUCAGUCAUCCGACAGGCCUGCAAAAGAGAGGGAAUUGACCUCGCAGGUGUACAUAUGCUGUUCAUACCAAGCACUAAGAAUGUCCAACUUUCUGACUCAUCCAUGCCUGGAAACAAUAGAGGCAUCAUUAAUUAUUGGGAACGUGCUUUCGUACAAUAUGAAUCCCGGUGUGGCCUACAUUUUCCUCGGAAUGACUCUACGCAUGGCAUUUUCGAUAGGUCUCCAGAUAAAUUCACAAAUUCAUGGUCAUAAUGAGCAAUGGGUUCGACGUCGCGUUUGGUGGGCGCUAGCUUGGCAAGAUUCACAUUUCGCUGUGAGUUAUGACCGGCCCACGUCAAGCGUAUUGUGCAUUCCCGACAUACCAUACGGAAAAUUCAGUUCGCCCGGCGAUCGAAGUUACGCUGAGAGCAUGUUUGCCAUUAUCAGACUCACGCAAGAAAUUAUUCGCGAAAGACUUCUUCAUCCUCGAUCAUACAUGACUUGGGAGACAAUCCGCAGGUACACGGAUGAGAUCGCCGCGAUCUAUACUCAAGCGGCAAUCCAUCUCCGAGAAAGGAGCCAUUGCCAUCAGAUGACUCAGCACCUUGAGCGAUUGGCCCUAAAGCUCCACAGUUCAUAUAUCACGAGUGAAUUGUGUCGGCCAGCGUUGAAAGAAGGGCCAUCUCCCCCGGCAGAUGGGCAAGCAUCGACUGCCACCCCUGUUCAAUCACCUUCCGACAGUCGUCGAAAGGCUUCACAGGGAUCGGCUCAGUCGCCCUCGUCUUCUUCCGAUGCGGGCACACGAGCACAGUUUCGACGUGAAUGCAUCAAGAAUCUCGAGGAAACAGUUGCUGCUUAUGUUGAACUUCACUCUCUCAGCAAGUUUGCUGCAAGGUCCUGGAUUGGGAUCCAGCGCUCGAUCUCGGCCGCGUUCCUUUUGGGUACACUCCCUGAAACGAAUCAAGAGCCACGAAUAAUUUCUCUGCUCCGUGAUCUAGAGAAAGUGAUUGCUCAACGUACGAUGGAAGACCCUACCUUUGAAGGAACCCAAGCGAAUGAAGCACUGGGAAGCCCAGCACAACAUCGCCUUUCCCAACCAACCUUGGCGGAAUCGCCUCACUGGGCGCGCAGUAUGGCCAAGUCGCUGAACGCUUUGGGAAAACUAAAUGCAGCAUUGAUUGGUGGAAAGCUUGGUGGGAUGGCUCAGGGCGCGUACGUCGGAAAUCCAAGUUCACAGUCUACAUCUGCAGGUGGCCCUAAUAUGUACGCGAACAUGAGGACCAAUCCGAAUGCAACGCAAGGUUCUCCGUCACAAUACCCACUGGUCACAACCCUCAAACAAGAACCAUACUCACCCGGCAUGGGAAGCAAUGCCAUCCUCAGCACGGGCGUGGGCCUUCCCGUUGGUGGUGUAGGGAUGGGUCCAAUUACACCGGACAGCACCAGCUCCUCGGCGGACUGGAACUAUGGCAAUCUGCACGAACGCGCUGCUGAAUACGUACAGGCACCACUCUGGGGCGAUAAUACCCUUGGGGGGUAUGUUAACUAA